AUGGACCAAGGCUUGGCCAAGAACGACAAGACGGCGUGGCACUGCCCUAUUUGCUACCAGCCGCUGCUGUGGUUCGAGAUGUUUCUGGAUGGGUUCACAUCAGACUCCACCAGCAUGCACCCCACCACUGCAAAAGAUGCUCCAAGUAAUGAGUAUGACGAGUGGGAGGCGGGCGGCGUUCCACAUGGCGGAUGCAGGAGGGCGGCGUUCCACAUGGCGGAUGCAGGCGGGCGGCGUUCCACAUGGCGGAUGCAGGCGGGCGGCGUUCCACAUGGCGGAUGCAGGCGGGCGGCGUUCCACAUGGCGGAUGCAGGCGGGCGGCGUUCCACAUGGCGGAUGCAGGCGGGCGGCGUUCCACAUGGCGGAUGCAGGCGGGCGGCGUUCCACAUGGCGGAUGCAGGCGGGCGGCGUUCCACAUGGCGGAUGCAGGCGGGCGGCGUUCCACAUGGCGGAUGCAGGCGGGCGGCGUUCCACAUGGCGGAUGCAGGCGGGCGGCGUUCCACAUGGCGGAUGCAGGCGGGCGGCGUUCCACAUGGCGGAUGCAGGCGGGCGGCGUUCCACAUGGCGGAUGCAGGCGGGCGGCGUUCCACAUGGCGGAUGCAGGCGGGCGGCGUUCCACAUGGCGGAUGCAGGCGGGCGGCGUUCCACAUGGCGGAUGCAGGCGGGCGGCGUUCCACAUGGCGGAUGCAGGCGGGCGGCGUUCCACAUGGCGGAUGCAGGCGGGCGGCGUUCCACAUGGCGGAUGCAGGCGGGCGGCGUUCCACAUGGCGGAUGCAGGCGGGCGGCGUUCCACAUGGCAGUUACGAGAGUGGCCCAAGCAGGGUGGAAGGGGAGCUGGUUGGCUGCGGUAGCAGCAGCCCUGGGGCGAGGGCGAGUGGGAGAGCGACCGGUGUAGCGGAUGACGGUGGGGGGGAGAAGGUGGACGGCGGGUGCGGCGAGCUUAUGGCCACCAUCAAGCAACUGGGGACGAAGCUUGUAUGUGGGUACUUGGAGGAAGGUUUGAGUGCCAUCUUUGAGGAUUUGACGAUGCUACAGGACUCGCUUUAUUCUAGUGAACAUAUCGUAUGUGUGAAGAGUGGAGGAAGGUCUGAGUGGAGACGGCGUCAGUGGGGUGGAGGUACUCCAAUCAAGAAAGGUGGAGUCACUGGGGUGCAGCUGGUUGACGACAACAAGAGAAUUCGAGCCGUAUUCUUCUACGGUGGGCCACCGAAGAGGGAGUCGCUGUACAGUUAUACCUGGGAGAGGCUCUCAUGUGUGAGCUGGAGAAGCCGUCCAACAACGACCUUCCUCGGAUCGUGGAAGCCCUUGUUACGAGCAGCGAAGAGCGGAUUCCCCCUAUCAGCAGAGGAGGUCUUGGCGGCAAAGGAGGUCAUGGCAGCAGAGGAGGCCGUGGCAGCAGAGGAGGCAACAGCAGAGGAUGACUCAGCAACAGAGGAUGAGUGUGAAGGUGCACCGAAGGAAGCUUGCACAGGCGUUAUGGAGUCGGCAACUGGUUCCCCUAGCUGGCAGGUCCAUCUGCAAGCAUUCUGCAUGGAGUUGGAGCGGUUGAUUAGGGGCCUUCGGGAGGGGCAGCAGGUGGCCGCCGAAGUCUGGCGCCGGCUGCAUGAAGCCGAGAUGCUACUGAAUGAGUGGCGAUUUCCUGACGUCUUUCGCAGCAAGGACGGGAGGACUCAAGCAGUUUUUGUCUGUAAUGGCAGUAAGCGCUCUCUCGGAACAUGGUAUGACCAUUCAGAGCGGUCAUUUGUUACGGCCAAGAAGGCAAUACUGUGCGCUGAGUUCAUCUUUGAGUGGAGGGACCAGAUAGCGGAGGCUGGAGGGACGGAACUGCAGUGUGGAGGAGGAGGAACGACGAGGGGGGGGGAGGAGGAGAAGGAGGAGGAGGAGGAGGAGGAGGAGGAGGAGGAGGAGGAGGAGGAGGAGGAGGAGGAAGAGGAGGAGGAGUAG